AAACAUUAUUGCACUUUGAAAUGGUCGUCUGUGCUGGACGGAUUUGUUCAUCAGUUUUAAACCAUGCCUCCUAUACCGGACCAGUUCGGUGAGCCGCUACAGAUAGUGUCCAACUCCGAAGACCAAGGAUUUGAACUGAAAGAAGAUGUCCUGGAACAAGUACUACUAGACAAGAGAAUCCGGGAUAAGAAAGUAUGUGUGCUGUCGGUGGCAGGAGCCUUCCGCAAGGGGAAGUCCUUCCUGCUGGAUUUCUUGCUCAGAUAUCUAGUGAAGCAGGGAGCAGCGGACUGGCUAGGACGGGAUGAUGAGCCACUGAAAGGGUUCUCAUGGCGCGGUGGAUCAGAGAGGGAAACUACAGGGAUAUGGAUAUGGAGUAAAGUCUUCUUGUGUCCUGGACCAGAUGGAGAAGAGAUUGCGGUACUCCUGAUGGACACCCAGGGAGCAUUUGACAGUGAAUCCACCGUCAAAGACUGUGCUACUGUCUUUGCACUUAGCACCAUGACUAGCUCUGUUCAGGUAUACAACCUCACCCAGAACAUCCAGGAAGAUGAUCUUCAUCAUCUGCAACUCUUCACUGAGUAUGGACGCUUAGCUAUGGAAGACAGCAGCAACAAACCAUUCCAGUCGUUGAUGUUUCUGGUAAGGGAUUGGAGCUACCCUUAUGAAUAUGACUACGGAGCCGAAGGAGGAAAUCUAGUCUUGGAAAAGAGAAUUAAGCAAACGGGAAGCAAACACGAAGAACUCCGCCAAGUUCGUCGUCACAUCCACGCUUGCUUUGAGAAGAUCAGCUGUUUCCUGAUGCCCCACCCUGGUAUGGCCGUUGCACGCAAUAGAGAAUUUGAUGGCCGAUUGUCAGCAAUUGAUAGCGAAUUCAAAGAACAGUUGACUAAACUAGCGCCUAUGCUACUCUCUGACGAAGGACUCCUAAUGAAGGAAAUCAACGGAACUAAAGUGACAUGUCGAGCACUCUUAGAGUACUUCAAGGCAUAUAUGAAGAUAUACCAAGGGAAUGAGUUACCGGAACCUAAAACAAUGCUACAGGCUACAGCAGAGGCCAACAAUCUAGCAGCAGUUGCCAGCGCCAAAGACAAAUUUGUCAAAGAUAUCGAAGAGGUUUGUGGCGGUGACAAGCCAUACCUGAGUCCUGAGGAGUUAGAGAAUCACCAUGACCGCAUAAAGGCCAGCGCCGUGGAGCUAUUCAAAGAGACACGCAAAAUGGGCGGCGACGAGUUCAGCGAGCCAUACUGUGAACGCCUCAUUGCUGACCUAGACGAAACCUACGAACAAUACAUGAAGCAUAACGACAGUAAAAACCUGUUCAAUGUAGCCCGUACACCCAUCACGUUUGUGGUGACCAUGAUAAUAAUGUACAUUCUCUCAGGGGUAUUUGGACUGGUUGGACUCUAUUCCAUGGCCAAUUUUGCCAACAUGUUACUGGGUCUAGCGCUGGUGCUCCUGACGACUUGGGCCUACAUCCGAUACAGCGGCAAGUACAGUAAUGUUGGAGUGUACAUUGACACCCUAGCAGAGUUCAUAUGGGUCCAGAUAUUUGGGCCAGUCUACAAGAAAGCAAUGAGUCAAAAGAAAAAGCAAGACAAGAAGAAGAAAUAGUAGGAGACGUCGCUAAAGCGGUUUUGUAUAAUAGUCUUGCCUUGUGAAAAUAAUUGAUUGGUUGUAGGACAUACAUUGACAUCUUGUUCCUUUGUUUAAAAGCUCGCAGACAUUGAACAUGCAUGUAGAUAACAAAAACAGUUUCUUGAAGCAUCUCCCCCCCCCCCCUCUGGUUCUACCUUUGGUGACCCUUGAAACGAAACUAGGCUUCCAUGAACACAGGCCGUAUGAUAAGAGAUGUUAAUAGAGGGUUUACAUUGCCUCUAGUAAGCGGGAUAGUUGGUCUAGUUUUAAGACAUCUGUUCUGGUAUGUAUGGCAAAGGUUGGGUGUUCAAAUCUCACAAAAGUGAUAUUCCUGUGGAUUGUUUUUACAGGACUCGGGUGAAAAUGCUGAGUAUACAGUGCUAACACACAUUGGUGUAUGGGAUAAAACCAAAUAACAUCCAGUGUAUUACUGAAUAUUGCAAACUUAUCAUAGUGUAUGAUAAGGUCGCUAUACAAAUACUCGUAGAAAAUGUAUACCCAAAACCUGUAAUCACAUACACAAUGCUGGAUAGAUUUUGUUCACCAGAACAAAAUUAGUCUAGACUUACUCAUGGAAAAAUAUAUAGUUGAUUCUGAUUGCUCAUGUGAUAGCUUAUGACGGUCAACUACUUUUCUUCAUUGAGGGUUGGAGAGCUUCAACAUCUCAUAGUAAAAACGAUCCUAAAUCAGUGCAAUCAAGACCUGGUUUGAAUCAAGCAACUUUAGCUAUGUCUAUUGGGCUACAGCCAUAACAGUCAUUUUCAGUGAGUCGAUGUUAGCCACUGCCAAAGCCAUUAAUGGGGGCAUGAGCUGAGACUGUAACACAGUAAACAAAUCCAGUAUUAUUCAUUUCCACUCCCUCUAUGAAUGCUUUGAAUUUGUCUGCUACUUCUCAAGAAAGAAAAAUCCCUGCUAAGUCCUGAUAGCUUAUUUAUUUGUAGAGUUACAGUAGAGAGCUUAUAGUUCAGGAGACCAAAGGAACAAGGUGAUUAAUCUGUGUCCAAGAAAAUGUGAAUCUGCACUUUGUUUGAUUGUAAUCCGUUUGGAUCGGUGAAUAAUAAAUCGUAUUUUGAGGGGAAUAAAUCGUAUUUGAGAAUAUAAUAGAUACCGGGUACCGUUCAAAGAAUGCCACGCCUUCUAUCUGUAGUACGCAUUGGGAAUGAAUAACCACCUAAAGUGCUAAGAUGGAAGGUAACAAAGACCAGCCGUAGAUGUCACCAAACUCUUCCUAACUUAGGAUUGAUCUUAGGACUAAGGACAAGUUAAGUUCAGUUACCACAGACAUUAGGACGCAUUGAACCCAUCCUGAAUUUAGGACGAGACUCGCCCUAACUCGAGAUAGGAUAAAUUCUUGCGUUUUGUGAAAUCGGCUGCAGUAUCUUUACUUGGCGUGCCCCAACAUUAUGCAUUAUUUGACAAACCUGUGAAAAUAUGGUCAACGGAGAAAAGAAGAUAAAUGAUCUGAAAGGUUUGGAGUGUGCAGCUUAAAUUGUUAUGGUAACCAGUGAUUAUUUUCCUCCCAAAAGAAGUAAUAAUUUAACUGAUUGUUCUGAUAAAUAAUUACAACUUUGAUACUCAUUCAAUUAAAGUAAAAAUUGCGCUGGUGUUUUGCGCAUUGAAAAUGGUUUAAAUUUCGCAAUGUUAUAUUUGUUGAUAUGUUGAACUCUUAAUUGAUAAACCUUUUUUGUCAUAUUUCAUUGUUUUAAAUUAAAUUUAUCAAUGUGGUCAUCCACCACAGGUGAUUAUUUCGAUCUCAGAAACGUUAGUGAAUUAUAUAUCUUUCGCUUUAAACGUGUGUGGUAUUGGAGAAAUAAUAUUUAACAAAUAUCCUAAAUUUAAAGGAAAUAGUAUACUAUGUACCACAGUGGAGUUAUGUGAAGAAAAGAUAUAAAUAUAAGCAUACAAGUCUAUUGACCUGUAAGGCAGUUCUGUAAGGUGGCACACUGUAUUUGAAAGUUUAUUUAAUUCCGUUUUAUUCCCAAAACAAACUGAUUUUCAUCAUGUUUUGUUAUUUGUUUGGGAUAAAAAUGUGAAGUGUGUUUCUGUACUCCUGCGUUUCCAGAUUCAGUGCAAGUAUGACGACCGAUAACUCUAUAUACGGUCCACGGUACUCUGGAUGGGAAGCACUUUGUGCUUAACACAAAUCAGUGCACGAGUAAAACUCAAACACCCGAGUAUUAUUUUGAUGGUAUUCCUACUUGGUACUCUAGAAAUAAUAAUGAUAAUAUUGUUGUCUUAUAAAGCGCACGUAUCUACCAACAAGGUACUCAAGGCGCUGAGUAUU